AUGGAUAAUAGGAUACAAGUGACGAGCUCCGUAUCAAACGGAGAAGACCAUGAUGUUCCAAUCGAUCUCGGCAUAAUUCAACGUGUCUCCAUUGCCGACCUAGAUGUGACAACCUUCUGCGACAAAUACCUCCUACCGAAUCGUCCAGUGUUGAUAACCGAGCUGGUUUCACAAUGGGGUGCCUUCCAGCAGUGGGACAGCUUGGACGCCUUUUUAGCGCUCUACGGAGAUCGGAAAGCACCGAACGAUGGCUGUGAUGAAAAUAUUUCGUGUCGUGAAGAAGAAAGGUGUCGAACCGUUCGUCAAUGUCUGGAAAACGAAACGUCUGCAAUAUACGUCAAAGACUGGCAUCUACAAAAGGAGUUGGAGACGGAGGAGCGGCUUGGCGAGACGGACCGGACGAGCCCUAGUGCUAGGUCUAGACCCCAGGAACACGAUGAGCAUCUUUCAACCAAAGCUCUUUACGCCGAUUUGCUUCCCGCUUUCCUCGGCGGAAGCCCUGUUUUCGAUUGGCUCAACCACAGCAUGAUAGAGGAGGAGGAUUAUCGAUUUGUAUACGUCGGUCGUAAAGGGACUUGUACGAACAUGCACUUCGACGUUGCGUGUAGCUACUCUUGGUCGGCCAAUAUCUGCGGAUAUAAGCGCUGGCGACUCUUUCGGGAUACGGAUUUGGAGAGGUUAUUAGACGAGAAACGAAACAUCAAAGAUCUGGACUUUAAGAAUCCCGACGCUUGGGAGGAAGUUCAAGUUGAUGGUGGAGAAAAGGGCGACCCGUCUCGUCGGAUUCUACGAAGUAGUUAUUGUGAUUCACAGUUGCCAGUGUCGGAUCAAGAAACUCCUAAAACUCCCCUUUACUGCAUCGAAAUCAUCCAAAAGCCAGGGGAAUUGCUAUUUGUGCCCGCUUGUUGGGCGCACAUGGUUGAGAAUAUGACGGACGCGAUCUCCAUCAACCACAACUGGCUCAACGCGGCAAGCUUGAGAUAUCUGUACCCGUUUCUGCUAGAAGAGCGGAGAAACCUGAUUAAGGAAAUGGACAGCUGGAACGUAGGUCAAAGUGAUAAGAAAAUUGUAGACCUCCAAGCAGAUGCGGCAGACGUGAGUGGCUCUGGCGGUGCGGGUAGGAAUGAUUCGAUAGACCCUGAGAUGCUGGAAGCGUUAUUGCAGAUGAACGCAGCUUGUAAUUUUGGCUUACUCUGGAAACUACUCGUUGUCGGGAAAAAUGUUCUCUCCACCACGACAGACGAAUCACUGAUGCCUUCGCGAAUACGGGAGUGGUUUAAGAGGCAAAUAGGCGAUGUCGAGGAGCAGGAGGAGGCGAGGCUGGCUUCUAAGAAAUGGGAUUGCGAAGAUGAGACUUGACGCGUGUUGUAAUGAGUCGUGGUGGAAGAAGAUCUCUUCAGACUUCUAGGAUUAACAUGGGUUGAAAAAAUUUACCCUCAACGUGUUUAUGAAAUCUAAUGCCCCUUUUGAACACUGACAUGGAUGGAGUCCCCAUCGAAUGAACACUCAAUCAGUACGAAAAGCAAGGAAAUUCAACGAAAAAAAACUAGGACUUGGUAGCAGUUGUAUCAGUAAAGCGAUUGACGCUCCGCACAUACACGCGAUGUUGAGAUGUUGAGUGAAGCAUUAAUAGCGUGGUGACUGAUGUACUUACACGAUGGUAGUAGAAAAUACACUCACAGCGCUGAGGUUAAAAUGCGAGACUGAACAAGAGUGUACCACGAC